CAAUUUGCUAAUUCUAAACAUCCAAUUCAAAUCAAUAGUACAUUCCUAGAAUUUUGGGAGAAUUGCAAUGAACCGUAAAGCAAAGUGGUGACGAUGUGACGAGAGCCAAAUCACAACCUGUUCAAUAUCAGUUCAUUGGUAGGAUUGAUGUGAACAAAGCCUGUAAUCUGACCUGGAUGCAUAGGGUUACCAUUUUCAACCCACCAGCCUCCCAUGUUACCCUACCUCGCAGGCCUCAUCAAUUAUUCAGUAGGCCAGGGAAAGUGCUGGUCUCCAGUCCCCCACUGAGUCUGGGACAGCAGUAGCAAGAUCGUCCAGGACCGGGAGGAUGCUAAGGAAGGUAGGGCCAGGAGUAUGCAGGCGGCCAACCCUGCUGUUUUGGUGCCUGUAUGUCUUCGUGGAGGAGCACACUGUGUAUGGCCACAACAGAACUGUGGAAACCAGGGAGAUGGAGAGGCCAUUUUGUGAGCAAGGAUUCUAUUGUCCAGUGGGAAGUCCCACACCAGUGCCAUGUCCGAAGGGUACAUUUGGGCCGACGGUUGGUGCUAGUUCCAUGGACAGCUGUCUCAGCUGCCCAACCAACCACUACUGUCCGCGACCUGCUCUGACCUCAGGCAUACCCUGUGGAGCCUGGGCACAGCAGCCCCUACCUGGCCAGGACAGAUGUGUGUGUCUUGGAGAAGGGCAAACCUUCCAGGCCAGUGAUGGGCACUGCCCCUGUGCCCUAGGGUACCGCCUCAUGGGCCAAGGGGACACUUGUUUGCACAGUGUCUAUGAUAUUUGUAGAGAUGGGAGAGCGAGGACACAACAUGGAACCUGUCUGGACAGGCAGCAGUGGGCACAGCACUGUACCCAGCAGGUGUGUCUCUCUCCAGGGGACUACCAGGGCUUUGAUGGAGCUCUGGGCCUGUGUCUGUGCAGGGAACCCCCAGAGAGGGCUGUGUGUGGGGGCUGGUGUAGGAGCAGGCCAAAGCUGGCACUGCAUUUAGUGUGUGCUGCCGUAGACUUGCAGCUGGUAUAUAGCAACUCUGAAGGCCAGGUAAGCUAUGAUGACUUGAGCAUGUGUAGGUGA